UCUAGAAUUUCCCGCUUAUGUCGAUUGUCGCUGCAGUCGGUAAAUGGACGUUUGAUGUGGUUGUUUGUCAAGAGUGUCCCAUUGUCUGUUUACAGUGAAUUAUUUCCCAUUACUAUAAUCCUAAUUGAAGUAAAAGGUUUUAAGGAGUAGAUGAAGGUGACAGAAUGUCUCGCAACAAAGACAAGCAUGAGGGCGCUAGCGGGCGCACUUACCACAUCAUGUCGGAGGCCGAGCGGGCGUCUGGCCGCCGCGGGGGCUGGACCACGCUUGAGGUAACAGGAGGUGUGCGCGCUCUAGCGCCUCAACUGUUCCAAUUGACGCACCUCACCGCUCUGUACCUGAACGACAACUCGCUGCAGAGGAUCCCGCCCGACAUCAACCAGUUGGCCAACUUGCACACACUGGAUAUAUCGAACAACAAGCUUAGAUCGCUGCCCGCUGAGCUCGGAGACCUUAUACAGCUCAGAGAACUGCACCUUCACAACAAUUACCUCCGAGUGCUUCCAUACGAGCUCGGCAAGCUGUUCCACCUUCAACUCCUGGGCUUGGGAGGGAACCCGCUCAGUAAAGAAAUGCUCUCGAUAUACAACGACAACAACGGUACUGCGAAGCUGCUUACGUAUAUGCUGGAUAACUUGCAAGUUUCUGCCACUCUACCGCCACAGAGGCCUUGGAUACCAUUGACCCGACCGAACAGGACGCGUCCUACUUGUAUAUUCACAGUGAUGUGUUACAACGUGCUAUGUGACAAGUACGCGACGCGACAGAUGUACGGCUACUGCCCCAGCUGGGCGCUCGAGUGGGACUACAGGAAGAAGGGCAUCCUCGACGAGAUCAGACAUUACUCCGCCGACAUCAUCAGCUUACAGGAAGUGGAAACGGACCAGUUCUACAACUUCUUCCUGCCAGAGCUGAAACAGGACGGUUACGACGGUAUAUUCUCACCCAAGUCCCGAGCGAAGACGAUGGGCGAAUCUGAGAGGAAGUAUGUCGACGGGUGCGCCAUCUUCUUCAGAUCUGCUAAGUUCGCGUUAGUGAAGGAACAUCUUAUAGAGUUCAACCAACUGGCAAUGGCUAACAGUGAGGGAUCAGAUAAUAUGUUAAAUCGUGUCAUGCCGAAGGACAAUAUAGGGCUGGCCGCCCUUAUCAAGACUAAAGAGGCGGCUUGGGAAAACGGAUUACCAACAGACUCAUCAAUGCUGGGUCAGCCUAUCCUAGUCUGCACAGCGCACAUCCACUGGGACCCUGAGUUCUGCGACGUGAAGCUGAUCCAAACGAUGAUGUUGAGCAACGAGCUGCGCACGAUACUGGACGACUCGGCGCGCACGCUGCGGCUAGCGGGGCAGCGGGAUAACGUGCAACUGUUGCUGUGCGGGGACUUCAACUCGCUGCCUGACAGUGGUGUGGUUGAGUUCCUUUCCUCCGGCCGCGUGUCGUCGGAGCACCGCGACUUCAAAGAGCUCGGGUACGCGGGCUCGCUGCGCCGCAUGGCGGGCACUGAACACGAGUUUACGCACAACUUCAAGCUGGCCUCCGCCUACAGCGAGGAUAUUAUGCCCUAUACUAAUUAUACGUUUGACUUCAAGGGUAUAAUCGACUACAUAUUCUAUAGUAAGCAAUCAAUGACUCCCCUGGGCCUGUUGGGCCCGCUGUCGCAGGACUGGUUCAGAGAGCACAAGGUCGUCGGCUGUCCACAUCCGCACAUACCUUCAGAUCACUUCCCUCUGUUGGUUGAGUUGGAAAUGUCGCCGACUGCCAACUCGAACUCCAACGGACUCAUCGGGCGCAGGUAGCACGCGCCGCGCCGCGCUCGGCGACACCACUAGCCCGCCAGCCACCAGCCACGCAGCCACGUAGCCACGGCCACGUAGCCACGACCACGUAGCCACCAGCCACCAGCCACCAGCCAUCCAGGCAGCGACCGCGCGACACAACCUUUCAUAAAGAGAACAGUGUUGCUAGUUUUGAAAUAGGAACUUUAAUGAUUUGACAUUUCUCAGUUAUGUGCCUGAAUAAAUGUUUGUAGGAGAAGGGUUAAUGAUCUUAAGUUGUUUAUGGUACAUUUGAAGUGUGACCUUUUUCAUCUGCAAAAGUAAUGAGUUUAUGACUUUGUAUUUUAGCACCUGAUUCUUGGGUCAACACGUUUUUGAAAAAAAAUUGACGUAUGAGCUUCAGGUUUUUCGCCAUUCUUCUACAGAUAUUGUAUUGGCAGUUAUUGGCGAUUUAUCAACAAAAGUGUCUCCAUAAUAGUAUGACGCCAUCUGCUAAGAAUAGUCAGUCAUAUAGCUGCAGAAGUUUGUCUACUCUGCAUUGAAAUAAAUUAAAAAAUAUUUUUCAAAGCGCUAGGAAUUUAAACGUGGUUUUUGAUAAGUAGUAAAUGGUAAUUUAAAUAAUAUCUAUGCCUAAUGAAAAUUAGAACAUCUUAAUAACUGCUACUUUAUCAAAAUCGCUUCAAUUCUAGCGUAUGGAAAUAUUUACCGACCAAAUAGUAACACCCGAUUUCGGGAACUGUUAACACCAAAAGUUUGCGAAUGUGUCAUCUUCAUAUCUAUGUUAUUUAGAACAAAGUGCAUGACUUUGAGUAAUUGGUCGAAAUUUCGCAAAAUUAGCUUUCAACUAUAUUAUCUAUUGUUAAUUCCUGUUUCAAGCCGUUAUAACGCGGUUUAAUUUCAAACCUACAACACCAAAAUAUCAAUGUUCAGUCUAAAAAUAAUCUUUACAAAUAUCAGUAACUAGCUUAUGAAUCGUUUAUGUACAAAUAACUUAGUCUUAAGUACUUACUUAAAAUCAUCUCAUAGUGUACUCAGCGUUGUUUUUGUUAUGUCGCACGGUUGACACGGUACGUCUCCCGAUCCGACGUUACUUUAAUAGUUAGUCUUUUCAAAUCGAAGACUGCCACUCUAUUUAUUAUAAACGACAUUUUUGCUACUAAUAAGUCCCAAAAAUGUCGCUUAACACAAACAGAAUGGAAGCCUUCGAAGUGUAUUUUGUAUACCGUUGCAGAUGAUACCGAACGUCGUUUUCUCUUCACUGGACUAUUUACUACGUGUAGUUACUCGUUAGUUCACCUAGCACUUGAAACUGUCUCGAAAUUUUGUUUUUUGCUCAAUAUCUAGACGUUAAAAUAACCCUCUGUAGACAGCUUCAGAAGUUGAUUAGUUAAAGCAAAUUAGAUUUUACUAUAGUUAAAUGAACGAAAUAUUUUAGAGAAAAUAUAUAUUAUAAUCGAUCGUCUCUGUUCAAUACCGCUGAAUAUCGUGCUUUAGAGGUGUCGGGACAUGAUAUAUUUUUAUAUAUUAUCUUGUAGGCAAUAUGGACACUGCCAACGUAUGAUAUACCUCGGAGAGUACAAAGCGGAGGGAUGUGCGCGAGUGUACAGUAUUGUGGACAGUGUACCUCGUGAUGUACGCUUGUGUACAGCACUAUGUACAGUGUUCGUCGUACUGUACACACUCGUGCAGCCACAGCGGCGCGUUGUUGCAACUAGUUAAAGCCUUUACGUUUCAGUGAACAGAUAACGGACCCUAGAUUAGUAUUAUAUUAGUUAGAUGCAUGGAAAUUUAAACACGAACGCCUUUCACGUUUUUCGGAAUGAUCGUGACAUAGUUUAGUGCGUGACGAAUGACAGUGCAAUUGUUUAUAACGAAAUCUGAAUAAUAAAAUUAUAUAAUUGUAAUUAUGAAUAUUAAUUCAGUAAAAUAUGAAUGAACUAAAAUGAGACCUACGCUUAUUGUGUCAAUAAAAUUGUAUGGAAGAAUAGUAAAGAUAAAUAUUUUUUCAGUCGAUUACGACAGCAAUUUUACGCUUAGUUUUUCGAUGUAUUAUACUAUACAGUUGAGGAAUACAAUAUAACUCAUUAAUGUUGUCUCAAGAAAAAUAAAAGACCUAAGUAGUAGAGGGCGCCACUUUAGAUGUGUCUCAAUUUAUAUCUGCAUAUUCAAUGUAUCUGGCGUCGACAAGGUUUUUUAUUUUUCACGUAUUAUGUACCACAGGAUUAUAAUAUCAUGUUCGAAGUUAAAAAAAAAAAUAAAACAUUUUUUGUGUGAAUGUUUUAAACGUCCAUUUACCAAUUAGUAAAAAUUCCUCCACUGUAUAUUAUUUAGAUAAUAUUUUUGGGAUGAUAAUGCAAUGUUCGUGUCUGUGUUGUGGUGUGGGUGGGAGGGAACAUUCCCUCUCGCCCUCACUUGUACUGUGAGGAUCAGUGAGACUAGAGUUCUGUGUAGGCACGCUUUGUAUUUAACUAUAUCGUGUUGUUUAGACGUUACUGUGCGUUUCCGCGAGCGAUAAUGACUAUGGAAUGCUCUAGAAAGUUCUAUGCACCGCUUCUUAAUUUAAACUUUCGAAGUUCGUUACUGGUGUCUACGCGUACGCAAGGCACUAAAUGGCUGACUUCAGUAAAGUUAUUUGAAGCUGAGCAGCUUUCACUUUAACAAUAGAGCAUUCCAUGAUGUAGUUAUUCCGUGUUCGCUCGUCUCGGCGUGUGACGAGCGAAGUCGCAGCACCGUACGUGUGACGUCACACAACGCGACAUCGUUAGUACUUCCAGGGCCGGGUUGUAACAUAGCUAUCAUAAAUCUUUAAUAAUCUAAUAGAAUAUUUGAAUUAUUUUUGAUACUUAAUUAUCUAUUAUAAAGUUUUAUAUAGACCAUUGUUAAUCUAACACUGCCUACGAAGAACAUCACUGGUGUGCAAUAAAUUUUAGAAUAUCUUAAGUGAUGUGAUAUAGUGUUGUUUCAUAAAUAUAUUACCUGACACGUGAGUCUCUGUGUCGGACAAACAACUUGUUGUUUCAGGCUUCCAUCCGAGUACCUGCUGGAGUAUGUACACAUAGUGAUGUUUAGGUUCAUUCUAUUUUAUUUGAAUAGGUCUCUGCGUGUCCAAUGCAGUCCUUUACAAGAAGUUUGGUGUAAAACUGAAGCAAUCGAAGCAAUAGUAAUUAAUAAUAGUAGCAUUGAAUAUAAAGACAUUGUUGAGUCGGUGAUGUCUGCUGAGUGCCUUUAGUAGUGAGGUGCUGAGCGUUGUGUCCACAGCAACAGUUGCAUUCGUUUACUUAGCUAGGAUCGUGUUCCCCUCUCUUAGCAAGAGUCCACUUGUCCGUUUGUAGGCCGCAUUGUUUGACUCCAGUACUACGUAAACUUCUUGCGCGAAGGCUGUCUCACUGAUUCGUGAGUGUUAUUAAGUGGUUUAGGCAUUAGAUGGCAUUUCUAUCGGUAUUGUAGACUCGAUGACGUUCGGUUCGGUUGGCGCGGUGCAGUCGCGUGGCGUCGAACAAAAGUAGAGCGGCGGCCGCUAGGUCGGAGUUAGGUUUUAAUUGUGACAAUUGUAGCAACAAACUACUCAGCGAGACUUGUAUACCCUCCCUCUAUCUUCCUUCCCCGUAAGUUUAUUAACGUCUGUCUGCGUAUGUAAGUGGAGAGUUGUGUAGCUUAGUGUAAGUCUUGAGUUUUAUACGAAUGGUCUCCUUCGCGGAUCCGUCGCCGGACGCCCCCCUCCUAGCUGUAAGUAGGUUAUGUUAUGUGAUCGAGACCCUCCCCUACAUGUUCGGAUUACGUAUCAUUGUUACUAUUCACAAAAUAACUAUCGUUAGUCAGUAAGGCGUUUCAUUUGGUUCUGUCGAAACAAUUCAGUAUUCACGUCGUCUCACGAGAGGGCCGAUCAAAAAUUGCGAAACGAUGUUAGAUGCAUUUUAUUUUUAGUUUUAGUAAGUUUUUUUAAUUGAUGUUCCGGAGGCGUCCGACGGUGGCCCGCUCCACUCUAGUAAUAGCGGGUAUAGCAUACUGGCGUAGUACAAAUGUUAGUGUGAGUGUCGAUGUUAGCGCGGCCGCGUCGCGCCGCUCGGCUCGCUCGUCAGGCGGCGGCGCGGCGGCGGCGGCCCGGCUCGGUGUCGGCUCGUCAGCCGCUUGCGGUCCAGCUCUUGCGCAAUGUUCUCGUUGUGAAGCGUUAGUUGUUUCAUCGGAAUAAGUAGUGAUAUUUACAAAAAAAUAAAUCACCUAUAUUAUAAACAAAACUAUUUGGACCACUGCAUAGUUGUAUCUACGCUUAUUUUUUGUCAUCUCCAUUGGAAUUAUUUGUAUCGAAUAAUUAAUUGAUUUUGAAUAUUUUUAUUCAGUAUAUUAUAUUAUUAUGACUAUUAUGUAUAUCAACGACAGGUGCUGUUGUAUUUAAUUUUUAAUGUUACUAAUGUGAUUGUGAUAGGGAUACGUCUCUCUUGUAAUCUAUCUGAUGUAUUGUGAAGAAAAAUUAAGCCAAAUCAUAAAAAGGGUAUAUUGAAUUAUUACUUUUAGGAUAAAUGGAGUUAAAAUGAAGUUUUAUACGAAUCAAAUUUUACUACUGACGCUGUAUAAUUUUUCUAAGUACAGUAGAUUUAAAAUCAUAUCAUGAUGAUCUUGUUCUAGUACUCGUGUAAAUUAAUGUAGGUUUAAGACUGUUGAGUGACGCGUUGGAACUGGUUCGCGGCGUCAGAGCACAAACUAUCACCAGUCGUUACCUAAGUCUAGCGUAUAUUAAUAUCUAUUUACAUUGCCGCGGAACGGUCUCAACGCACAUUAUCCAAUUUGCCUUCAUCGCACGUAACAAUUUCAAAUGUUAAAUUUAAGUUAACAUGAGUAUUCGAAACGAUCUAAUGUUUUCUCUUUAAAAAUAUCCACAAAUAGAUUUUUAAAAUAGUAGUGAGUAUUUUUGCAUUUACAGUGUUGAUAUCUUAUGAAGCAUAAUAACUAGGACUACGUACAGUCGACCUCGGAACAAUAGCAAUACAAUAGGACAACAAUUAUCUGCUAAGAUUUGGCUUUACAUGAUUCUGUAUUCUGAGUUAUACUUACGCGACAACCAUUACUCCAUUCGUACAGUCGUGCAGAGCUACGCGGUUGCACAUUAUUUAUUAAUUAGUAUUGAUUGAACAACAUGUUUGUAAGGGUGUCCAGCUAUACAUAGAAUGCAUAUUUCUAAGUUUGUUGAACGGUUACAGAAUUGUUCUACUCCAUACCAAUUUAGAAAUAUGCAACAUUGUGCGCCUGAACACGCUCACAGACACGUAUGUAAGUUUUAGUCUGUUACAUAAGUUUCACAGUAUUGAAUGAAACCAAGAGAACACAACCACGAUGCGUAAGUAUCGCUUAUGAAUAAUCUAGAGCUUUAUUGCAACAAGUUUAUCUUAUUUGUAGAACAUAUAUGAUCUCUUUAUUUUUAAUAGAAUUUUGAUGGACAUUUUUACUUAAUAGUUGUAGCAGUGUGUAGCGUUGAAAUAGGAAUUUAUAUCGCACAUUACAUUUGUUAUAUUCCACUGUAAGUAUAUUUAUUAAUUUACAAAAACUGAUGCCAUCCAAAAUUGUGACAAGCACUUUUUGUUCGUGUCGUUGAAACCUCUCCGCGCUUAAUCAUUAUAGAAUCUUUUUAAUUACAUAUUACAAUAUCGUGCUAUUGAUAAUUCCUUUUGGAAUCAUUUUUUUUAUUUGUACAUAUUUGUAUCAUAUCCUGACUGUCUCUUAGUGUAAAUAUUCAAACGUUAUGUUUGUACAAUCCUGUUAGUUCUUCAACGGGAGGCUUCAACGAUGCUACUAAGUUUUGGAUAGUGAUUCGAAUUAACCACGAGAAGCCUUCAUGUUGUGUGUAUAUUUAAUUUGUAAAUAUGUAAUUUCGAUAACAAUUAAUGCUAAACAACGAGCGAGCCGUCGCAUAUUGUCAGCCGUUUGGACUUCUGCGCACACUGAACCCGACAGACACAGCUACGGAACACUUAGCUUCACUUAGUUAUGUGAACGCACAUUCAUGACAGACAUUCCACAGGCACCGAAUUAGCUCAAUAUGAAAGACUGUUCGAGACUUAUAAAAAAAAGAAUAUCAUGAUAAUUAAAAAUAUUUUCUGAAGCACCUUAACGAGUUUACAAAAUGUGUUUUAUGGUGAUUUAAUGAUAAGAUCGCAAUGUUUAACUCACUAGUAUGUAAGGACAAAUGCUUUACGACUCUGUGAUAGACAAUACAAAUUUACCUGAGAGACACCAUAGGCAUUUAUGAGAAAUUUAGACGAAUCGUCAUAUGGAAAUGGAAUGUAACAUGUACUCUCAGAUUUAGAAACGGACACCGCUUGCCUUUGUGAACAUCUUUAGGACCACACUGACAUUGAACUGAAUAACGUUGGAUAAGUGAAACACGAAUACUUUGACUCUUGAUACUCUUCAAACAUCACAUACACUUGACUCACAGGAACAAUCGGUGUUUGUUUCGACUAUAAGUGUAAUAAAAGAUCUAUAAAAGUACAAAGCGUAUGUGCAGAAGUUCGGUCGCGGCUCGAUACUGUGUUCGAGCGGUAAAGUGCGUACGUAUGUGUGUGUGCUUGUAUGUGCCGGCUGCGGCAGUUGUUAGUGUGUGCGGCCGCGCGGCCCGCGUCUCGCUGUUCUGUUUGUUGAUACAUUAUGUAUAUUUGAAGGAAUCAAAAAUUAUAAGAUGAAUUUUA